UCUCGGCUCUGCCUGGAGUUCUCAGUGCGGCGACAGCGGUGCUGAAUAUGGCGACAGACGGGAUGAUUUUAACAAACCACGACCACCAAAUCCGGGUCGGCGUCUUGACAGUAAGCGACAGCUGCUUUCGUAAUCACACUGACGACCGCAGCGGGAUCAACCUCAAAGAUCUCGUGCACGACCCUUCCUUGCUUGGAGGAACCAUCUCAGCUUACAAAAUCGUCCCUGAUGAAAUUGAUGAAAUCAAGGAGACUCUGAUCGAUUGGUGUGAUGAGAAAGAGUUGAACCUGAUUUUGACCACCGGUGGCACCGGCUUCGCUCCUCGGGAUGUCACGCCUGAGGCCACUAAAGAGGUGAUCGAGCGGGAAGCUCCAGGGAUGUCUCUGGCCAUGCUGGUGGGCUCUCUGAAUGUCACUCCUCUGGGAAUGCUCUCCAGACCCGUGUGUGGUAUCCGAGGAAAAACUCUCAUCAUAAAUUUGCCGGGCAGUAAAAAGGGUUCACAGGAAUGCUUCCAGUUCAUCCUGCCCGCUCUCCCGCACGCCAUCGACCUGCUCCGAGAAGCUGUGGUCAAAGUGAAGGAGGUGCCAAACGAGCUGGAGGACCUGCCCUCGCCUCCGCCUCCUCCGUCCCCGCUGCCCUCCAGCAGCCCGCACCGCCAGACCGAGGACAAGGGUGUGCAGUGUGAGGAUGAGGAGGAGGAGAAGAAGGACAGCGGUGUGGCCUCCACAGAGGACAGCUCCUCCUCGCACAUCACCGCCGCCUCCAUCGCUGCCAAGAUUCCCGACUCCAUCAUCUCACGGGGUGUCCAGGUCCUUCCCCGUGACACGGCGUCUCUGAGCACCACGCCGUCCGAAUCGCCACGCGCCCAGGCUACCUCCCGCCUCUCCACCGCUUCCUGUCCCACCCCCAAGGCGCGGCUCCCCUCCUCUUCAUCCACCCUAAGCAUUGCUGAGGCGUCGCGGCGAGAGUUCAGAGCACACCUGGAUGAGGUCAUCACACUCAAGUCAAGGUACUCUACCUUGGACCAGCUCCAGUGUAGGUUGGAGGUGCUUAAAGAUGAUCGCCGUGGCCAUAGGACCUUCAGUUCUCGAGUGCAGUCACGAUGCAGCAGCAAAGAAAACAUCUUACGAGCAAGUCAUAGUGCGGUGGACAUCACCAAAGUGGCUCGGAGACACCGUAUGUCUCCAUUCCCUCUCACCUCUAUGGAUAAAGCCUUCAUCACUGUGCUGGAGAUGACCGCAGUUCUGGGCACUGAGAUCAUUAACUACAGAGACGGCAUGGGUCGAGUUCUGGCUCAGGACGUUUAUGCCAAAGACAACCUGCCUCCGUUCCCUGCCUCUGUUAAAGACGGCUACGCUGUAAGAGCGGCUGAUGGUCCUGGUGACAGAUUUAUUAUCGGCGAAUCUCAGGCUGGAGAGCAGCCCACACACACCGUGAUGCCGUGUCAGGUGAUGCGGGUGACGACAGGCGCUCCUAUUCCAUGCGGUGCCGACGCUGUGGUUCAAGUAGAAGACACCGAACUCCUGCGAGAGUCUGAAGACGGCACAGAAGAGCUUGAGGUGCGGAUUCUGGUUCAGGCUCGUCCAGGUCAAGACAUCAGGCCCAUCGGUCAUGACAUUAAGCGUGGUGAAUGCGUGCUGUCCAAAGGCACUCACAUGGGUCCGUCUGAGAUCGGCCUGCUGGCCACGGUGGGCGUCACAGAGGUGGAAGUGCAGAAGUUUCCAGUCGUGGCUGUGAUGUCUACAGGCAACGAGCUGCUGAACCCAGAGGACGAUUUACACCCCGGUAAGAUCAGAGACUCGAACCGCUCGACGCUGCUGGCCACCAUACAGGAGCACGGAUACCCCACCAUCAACCUGGGCAUCGUGGGAGACAACCCUGAUGACCUGCUGAACGCUCUGAAUGAGGGAAUCAACCGCGCUGAUGUCAUCAUCACCUCAGGGGGCGUGUCCAUGGGGGAAAAGGAUUACCUGAAACAGGUACUUGAUAUCGACCUUCAUGCUCAGAUACACUUUGGACGUGUCUUCAUGAAACCAGGUCUCCCCACAACAUUUGCCACUCUUGAUAUGGACGGGUCUCGAAAACUUAUCUUUGCUCUGCCAGGUAGGGACGGUAAUCCUGUGUCAGCGGUCGUAACAUGUAACCUCUUCGUCAUUCCUGCCUUGAGGAAGAUGCAGGGAAUCUUAGACCCGCGACCCACCAUAAUAAAAGCCAGGUUGUCAUGUGAUGUGAAGCUGGAUCCCCGUCCAGAGUAUCACCGCUGUAUUUUGACAUGGCACCAUCAGGAACCUCUGCCAUGGGCACAGAGCACAGGGAACCAGGUUAGCAGCAGACUCAUGAGCAUGCGCAGCGCUAACGGACUCCUGAUGCUACCUCCCAAAACCGAGCAAUACGUGGAGCUGCACAAGGGCGAGGUGGUGGACGUCAUGGUCAUCGGCCGUCUAUGAUGCCAUGGCCGCGGGACGACGGACGGAGAGCGACGGGUGGUUCACGGUGCAUGUUCACAUAUCAUUGACUGUAAUAUGCAACGGCACAGCUAGUUUUUAUUGAUUUGGAUAACGCUGAAGUAUAGUCAACAUCUUGAUCACAAAACUAGAUACAUAUGAGAAAAAAAAUAUUAUUUCAAAGAAAGAAAAAAUAUACUUUUAAAUUAUAAAAUCUAAUUAUAAAAAGAGAUUUAUUCUGUAUUAUUAUGAAUUAUUAUUAUUGCAUUUUUCUUCUCAUUAUUAUGAAUUAUUAUUAUUAUUAUUAUUAUAUUAAGGCAACUUUGUUCUUUUCAUUGCAGUUGCUUUGUGUGUUCAAUGCUAGAUCUUAUAGCUGUAGCAUUUUAAUAGAAACUGUAGGUGCCUGCCAGGAGAGAAAAAAAAAAAAAGAAGAAGAAGAACAUUAUUUCCCCGUUUUAACGCAAAAAUAACUGAAAAACAAGCGCUUUUGUUUUCGGACGCGGGGAAGGAACUCAACAACUUGAAAUCUGGACUCUGGAGGGUGGCACUUUUUGUCUUACGUGUCAUUGACGUGACACUUUUACUUUUCCUCCCAUUAGUACGCAUCAUUAUGACAUCACAAAGAGCUUUGCUUGUCGUUUAUAUCUCGUGAGUCUUGUUUGUGUGCGCAGUGCCAAACGCGUGGGUGCACAAAGGUCGUGCGCGGGGGAACACGGGCCUGGUCACCCAAUCCCUGAAGCUUCCUUAUAAUCACAUGACCUGGUGUAGCCCCGCCCCCAUCCCCCCAGGGGGCGGAGUCACAGGCAAACAUUUUAUUUGAAUAUACUUUAAAAAAGAUGAGGAAAAAAAGAAACCACAGCUUAUUUAAGUGCUGACUGCCUUUUUAAUCAACUACACAAAAAUGUACAGUAAAAAACGAACAAUUGAAUUGUACAGAUAAAUGUGACCAGCACUCCUGCGGAAUAUGACCAAGCAACGAGGAGACAUUGAACAAAUCUGUAUAAUAACAUUUUCUGUAACGAUAAGAACCUAAUGAGAGAGAAUACAAUAAUAAAAUCCUUGAUCAUUAUAUAAAAAUAGCAUUGUGGAAUUUUCUUGUAAUAAAAUGAAUAAAAACAUAAUUCCUUA